CCCGGCCCUAGCCCCACUGCUGCUGGUGCUGCUGCAUGUCCGAGGGGAAUUUCGCCCUCGGACGGCAAAGCGCAGAAAAACAUUAAUCGGAUUAUUCUCGCCGCGCCUGCCUUGCUCCCAAUCCCCUGGCCGCACAACAAUGUUGGUGAGAGGGUUGCAUGGAGGAUGGGAUCCAGGAGGACGAGGACGAGGAUGAGGACAAGGCAGAGGCGAGGCAGUGGGGGAGGGCGAGGGGGAGGUCCGAGCUGGCCAAAGGCUAUGCAUGUAUUUAUGAGCCCCAAUGCCAACGAGGGAAAGCGAGUUUUCUAUUCUCGCUGACAGAAUGCUCAUCACCGCCGGGAGGCGCCAUAAAUCAAUCAAUCGCAACGCCCCGUGAUCAAGGCACAUCUGCGCUCGCCGGUGACGCGAUCGGACAUCGCAUCGGUGCUCGAAUCGGGUGCGGGUGCGACUCGGGUUAGUCAGCCCCGAAGGUCUCCCUCCACAAUUCGAUGGGAAUCCCCAACCGCGACUCGGUUUCAUUCGCGGCGGGCUCGAUAGUCGUCGCUCGUCGUCGUCGUCGGCGCCGGCGAACGCUUUAUCGAGAACGCGGGGAGCAUCGCAUCGGAGUUUGUUCGGUCGAUCGAUCGAUGGAUCGAUGGGGGAAUCGAUGCUGUUUCGUGCGAGAAAUCUAAGACGAACAUGGACACGGGGAAUCGACAUGCAUUCGCAGAUGCGCUCGUGAUUUCCGUUAGCCGCAGAAGAUGAACGGUUGACAGACACGGUGGAAGAGUAGAAAGGCGAGAAGGCAGUCGAGGGCCAUGGCCAUGACAUGACUGCAGCAUAGGCGACCAUAUCCUGCGACCGGCUGCCCAACCAAACCCAACCCAAAUCUUACGAUGCACUCCUCCGGCUGGGCCUAUGGCGUGGCCCUCCGAGCCACCCCCUUUGACUUGACCGGCACCCUGUGGUCCUCAGCGCCAACCGGGUCCGUGCCCUGGCCCUCCUCCUCAUCCUCUCCGUCUCCGGUCUCUUGCCAUGAUUCUGCACCCCCCGGUCCUCCUUCCUUUUUUUAGAUAUUUUCUUUGCCCCCCUCGAUCUUCUCUCCAUUUAUAUCGCGUUUUUUUCCUCCCGAUAAAGCGUCGUUUUCCAGCCCACUUUUCCUAUCUGCACAUCGGAAACCGAUCAUUCGAAUUAUUGGCGAAUUAUAAUACGUUUCUAUGGGUUACGGCCGUUCUCGAAGACACGUUUUCCGUCCUGCGCGAGGGGAAUUUCACCGUGACCUGAGAAGACCAACUGUUUCUGCAAUUUGAUUAUCUUCUCGAAUUGUUUGAAGAAUAAUUUUCAUAUGGUUAGAAUGGUAUUUAUACAUACAG